UCAUCACACGAGUGAAUUAUAUAUUCUUGGAAAUGGCACAGAAUUUGCAGAGGCAUAAAGAAAAAUGGGCUUAGCAAACGAGAUAGGUCCUUCUCCAUGUCUCUCAGUUCAUACUCUCAAUCACAUUCUCUGCGAAGAAAGCAUGCCUUCUAUGGAUCAGAGUUUUGUAUUGCCAGCCCAACAAAAUUUUCCAUUUUCGAUCACCAAUAACCAGGAGCAGAAUGAUCUUCUGAAAAGCAUGAGUAAUCAGAUAAUCUCACAGCAGUUUCCUGAGUUUUCAUUUCCAGACCAUGAUUUUUCUGAGUCUCCUGCUUUAUUCAGCAAGGAAAUGCUCACAAAGGAGGAAACUUUGACGUCUGAAGAAAUCUUAAAAAUGGCCGGCACCCGUUAUAUUGGGGGCACUGGUUAUCGCUGUGAGUCUUAUUUUGCCAUUCCAGCUCUUCCAACAGAAGAUCAGAGCGGAUUAGAUUUGGCCCAGAUUCUGUUUGUCUCUGCAGAGAUGAUGAGCAACAGGCGAUAUGAUCAAGCCAUCAAACUGCUGAGGCAAUGCCGGAACUUUUCUUCACAGUGGGGAAAUCCUAUGCAGAGGGUCUGUUAUUACGUCUCUGGGGCGCUAAUGGAGAGAAUCGAACGAGAGACCAGGCAGGAGAUAAAGAAGAGUCCUAAAGCACAUCUGGAUGUUGCCUACAAUUUUGAGAGUGGAAAAACUAAGACUGAGUUUUAUGGCCUGGUGGCUUUUUACACUAGGGUUCUUCCUUAUGUGAAACUGCUGCAGUUUACGUCUAUGCAGGCAAUUAUAGAGGCUGUGGGGAAUGCGAAUAAUAUUCAUGUGAUAGAUCUGGGGAUUCGAACCGGGUGUCAGUGGACGGUUUUGAUGCAGUAUCUUGCCCUAAGAGGUGGUUCUUCUUCUCUGGAGCUUCUGAAGAUCACAGCCGUUGGAAUGGAUGGGGAAGAGCUGAAGGUUAGUGGGAGAAGACUUGAUGAGUUUGCUAAAUCUUUGGCGAUUCCGUUUUGUUACAGGACUGUGGAGAUCUCAAGCAUGGAGGAAAUUAAUGAAGGUUUAUUUGAUGUUAAACAAGGUGAGGCUCUUGCAGUUUAUGCUCCUAUUGUUCUGAGAAGUCUGUUAUAUAAGCCGGUUCUUCUUGAAUGUGUUGUAAAUGUUGUAAAAAAGUUAAGGCCUAGGAUAAUGGUGGUCACAGAAAUUGAAGCGGAUCAUAACUCUCCUUCUUUUGAGAAUCGAUUUAUUGAGGUACUUUUCUAUAUUAGCACUUAUUUUGACUCCUUGGAUGUUGCCUUGCCGGAUAGAAAUGAUAUUCAGAGGGUCAAGUUUGAGGAAAUGUUCUGUGGGAGCCAGAUAAGGAAUAUGAUCGUUUUUGAGGGGAAUGAUAGGAGGGUUAGACAUGUUAGAACUGAUGUGUGGAGGUGCUUUUUUAGACAUACGGGAUUGAAGGAAAUGGGGUUUAGCUACCAAGCUUGGUAUCAGGCUAGAUUGCUGUUGAAGAAAUUUCGGGGAGGAGAUUUUUAUAGUGUGGAGCCCAAUGGACCUGCCAUAACUAUUGGGUGGAAAGGAACCCCAUUAGUUACAGUUUCUGCAUGGACUUGUAACUGAAUGUGGGUGUUGUAAAUGUAAAUAAAUGCGUGUAGAUGCUUGCUCAUUGAUCUUAUCCUUGUUUAAAUCUUUUCGUUCAAGUGUCUCUUACCCAAUCAUACGAAAGCUAAAUGUAUAAAUAUAGUCUCACCUGCUACUGCCCUAAAAAAAUACUAGAGAUUUUAAUAUUCCUUCUGCAAAAAAAAUUACUUUGCUUUUUUGUUUCAAUUCAAAAUCGAAUGAUAAUCAAUUACAUGUUCAAUUAUUCUGUUUUAUAUUAGUAUUCUAUAUAAAAAAUGGCUGUUCUUA